GUCUGACUUCUCGCCUGCAUCACUGGAAGGAAAAAACAAGAAGGACACAUCUGGCUGAACUCCCUGAUCCGCUCAGGAUACCAGCAGGGUGUCACAACGCUACUACUUGGACUUCUGCGGUUUGGAAAUUGGAAGAUUUAACCGGCAAAGGCUGCGGCUGUUUGGGUUUGUGUCAGCGUCAGCAGCUCCUGAGGCUGCAUAUCCAGGCAAGAUGAUGGAAGAGGUGUCUGUCAUGAUGGCGUACGAUGCCAACCUGGUGGAGCAGAUGAGCGAGGAGGAGAUCCUGGCUUCUCUGGUGGAAGAAACAGGACCUAAAUUCACAGUCCCGACGAAGAAAGUUAAACUUGGGGAAGGCCGGCUCCAAAUAAUGGAGGAUAAAGAAGACCCCUUGGACAAAUACCUGAAGGAGAACCGUCGGCUGGAGCAGGCCAGCCUCCGUCUGGAGCAGGAGAACGACAACCUCGCCUACAGACUGAUCACCAGCAAGGUCGCCCUGAGGAACGCUCUGGACAAGGCGGAGGACAGAGUGGACGAACUCACCAAAGAUGUUCUGCAGAGCAGACAUCGACUGCAGGCCACAGAAGAGGAGAUGAGAGGGAAGGAGGAGGAAACUGCCAUGCUGAAGGAAGUGUUUCGGAGAGAGCUGGAGAAAGCUGAGCAGGAGGUCAGAAGGUCAUCCGGCAUCAUUUCAGACUACAAACAGAUCUGCUCUCAGCUGACAAACCGUCUGGAGAGGCAGCAGGCCUCCCACAGAGAAGAGUUGGAUUCACUGAAGAGUGCUCUGAGGACGUGCCCGCGCUGUCAACACGUCAUAGAUUCAGGCGAACUCGCCGCCACAGCUCAGGACUCAGCAGCUACGGAGGGCCACGGGAUGAUCGAAUCAGGCCAGCGUGAGGACAGUGAGAGCCCCAGAAAAGCAGAGCAGAGGAGGGAUGAAGAGGAGAAGGAGUCUCUGAAAGCUCAGAUCAGGGAGCUGGAGCAGGAGCUGGCCCAGACCAAACUUCAGAUGGUGGAGGCCAAGUGCAAGAUUCAGGAGCUGGAGCACCAGAAGGGAAUCCUGGCCAACGACCUCCAGGAGGCGAAGAACAGCUGGAUCAGCAAGGCCUUCACCUCCCUGCGAACGUCGAGCGGAGUCCACGGCAUCAGCAUUCACCGGGAGGGAGGAGCUCCUGCAGCCGGCUGGAACCUCCACGGCGCCUCGCUCCCCGCCUGGAGCGUCAAGAAGCUGUCGUGGCCCCACAGAGAGAAUCGAGACAAUGUCUGAACACAACAGAUGAUAUUGCCAUGCACAAUAUGUGUUGUAUACCACAGCUGCUAUGUGUUGGUUUGUGCACUAGAGGGCGUUCUCCUACACAAAGGCAGUCAGGAGGGGAGAGAGUACCUGGGAGCACCAGCAGCUGCUGCCAGACAUGUACUCUCUUGUCUGCUCACCACUUUUACACCCACUGUACACACUGAUUAAUGUCCUCUGUACAUUUGUAAGCUGCAUAUUUCUGUAUAUAACCUUUUUAUAUAUAUAUAUAUAUAUAUGUAAACAAUUUGAAUUGUGUAAUAA